CUAUCGUUUGUUAAACUGAUUUUUUUUGUGUUGUUUUGGCCAACUAAAUAGCUAAACAGCCCGUUUCUACCGUUCUUUGCCACUUGAAGGCGACUUCUGGACACAGAUCGGAGGGGCCUGGCCAACGGGUCGGAUGGCGCGCAACGUGCUCGAGAGCAGCCUUCUGGGCGCCGGCUUCAGCAUCAUCUUUCAGAUACUGUGCCGCAUCCUGACCUUCGGCAUCAACGCGUACAUCGUCCGCCAUGUGGGUCGCGAGGUGCUGGGCAUCAUGAACGUGCGCCUGCUGCUCCUGGAGAGCACCCUGCUCUUCCUGUCGCGCGAGGCCAUCAACCGGGCGGCCCUGAGCGCCAACGCCCAGCAGGGCGACCGCUGCUCUUGGGCGCAGCUAAUCAACCAGAUGUGGCUCACGGUGCCCAUAUGCGCGGUUCUGUGUGCUCCCUGCCUGUACAUCUGGUUGAACUGGCUCUCGGCGGUGGACGCCGUCUACGCCCAGCAGUACGAGUUUGCCUGCUACGCCGUGGCCCUGUCCUGCGUCCUGGAAUUGCUGGCCGAGUCCGCCGUGUUCGUGGCUCAGGUGUUUUGCUUCGUCAAGCUGAAGAUCCUGCUUAACACGCUUCACAUCCUGGUGCGCUCGGCCAUCUUUCUGUGGAUCGUCACCGGCGACCGCAGCGCGGCGAUCAACGCUUUCGCGAUCGCCCAGCUCUCCAGCGCGGCCACCAUUGUCCUGGGCCAGUACGGCUUCUUCUACCUCUACCUAAGGGGCAUCAAGGCCUUCGGGGCCCAGCAGACGCGGAAGAAGCCACCGGCCCCAACAGCCUGGCAGACUUCGCUGUACGAGCACAUGGACGACUUCCCCUUUAAGCGGCUGAGCGACUUCCUGCCCGGCGUGAUGUUCAACCCGAACGGGAAGCACUUGAACCGGGAGCUGCAGACGCUGACCCUGAGCUUCGUGAAGCAGGGCGUGCUCAAGCAAAUCCUCACCGAGGGCGAGAAGUACGUGAUGUCCGUGUCGCCAGUGCUGAGCUUCGGGGAGCAGGCCACCUACGACGUGGUGAACAACCUCGGCAGCAUGGCCGCGCGCUUCAUCUUCCGGCCCAUCGAGGACAGUUCAUACUUCUACUUCACACAGACACUUUCGCGAGACAUCAAGUUGGCGAAGCAGCCGCAGGAGCGCGUCCGCCAGGCGAGCAGCGUUCUGAACAACCUGCUACUGGGCGUAAGCUCCAUCGGCCUGAUUGCGUUUGUCUUCGGACAGAGCUACUCGCACCCGGUGCUGCUGCUCUACGGCGGGCCGGACUUCGUGGUCGGCGGACUGCCGCAGAGCCUGCUGCAGUGGCACUGCCUGGCGAUCUACCUGCUGGCCGUCAACGGGAUCAGCGAGGGCUACAUGUUCGCCACGAACACCAGUCGGGACAUUGACAGGUACAACUACCUGAUGGCCAUCUUCUCGGUAAGCUUCCUAGUGCUCUCCUACAUCCUGACGGGGAUCUUCGGACCAGUGGGGUUCAUCUUUGCGAACUGCAUCAACAUGCUGAGCAGGAUUCUGUACAGCACGUACUACAUCCGGCACCAGUUCCGCCCCCUGUCGCUGGAUCCGCUGCUGGGCCUCUGGCCGGGAAAGCUCUUCGGGAGCACUCUUCUCUUGGCCGGGAUCGUCUGCUAUUGGUACCAAAGUUCUGGUCUGGCCACACACCUGGGAGUGGGUGUCCUGGCCGGACUCGCCUGCCUAUUGUCCUGGGCGCUGGCUCAUCGAGACCUGGUGCGACUGGCUUGGCGCUAUGGUCGCCGCAUCAAGAUCGAGUAAGGGCACUUGUGUUUAGACCGCAAUGAGACGCACAGUUAGAAGUUACAACAUAUUUAUACAUAGCUGACAAUUGUAAAUUAAUUCCGAAACUAAGAUGUGUACUUAUGAAGUGUUUGUAGAGCCUUGAUUGCUUAUCUAACGUUAAGACUUGCAUUAAAAGACAACGAUAGCUUCUUAAUAUUCAUUUGUUACUAGGAAAGAAUGUUAUUACCGGAGUCACCCAUACUCUGAAAGUUAAUUGUUAUUGGUCCAAAUUUAAAAUAGUUAAAACAAAUAAACUCAAGGAUUUAACGAAAUGCAAA